AAGGUCGGAGACAGACAUGCCGGUGGGAGGAACCUGCCCUCUUACCGGUUCUCAAUUCCAAGGCAGAACUCGGGUGGUUUCUGCCAUGGGGAGGCAGCGGCCACGCUGGCAGGCGCUCCCGGGCUCCCCUGGGCUCCCGGGACACAGCUGCCAUCCUCUCUAAAUGCUGAGGCCCAGCCGCCCCCGCCCCCAAUGGUAGAAAAACGAUUUCCUCGCCCCGGCCAGGGAGGCAGAUGACCUCACUGGACUUUUUCCAUCUCUUGCUUUCAUAGAGAAAUUACAAUUUAUAAUUGGAUGAAAUCACGCGGGUGGUAAUAGCAAUAAGGGCUGUGCUGAGCCCUCGCUGCCACCCCUCACGCAGGGACUCUGUCCUCAUCUUCCCUCCCGUUCAGCCCCACCCCUUCGAGGAGCAUUGGCCAGGCCCUGGCCGGUCAGAACUGACGUCCCAUAGGGCUUGCUGGCUCUCAAACCUUCUUCCCCGCUUUGCCCUGUCAACCCCAUCCUGGCCUGCACACACCCUUCCCACGUGCAUUCCCUGCCAGGCCGGAGCCCCUGGGGAGCCACCCCCAGUUUAGGUGCUGGGCUUAUUAAAACAUGCACCCUAGAUAUCCUUGUUUUUAUUUGUAACGGCCCCAGACAACAAGCACUUCUCAAAUCAGCCACCUUCGGCCCUACAGAGAAAAGUGCCCAGAUGCAGCUGAGCCCAUCUGGAUCCGAUUUCAAACCAGAGCUGGCACUCUCAGAUGUGUAAUAAAAGCCCUUUUCCAAAGAGGGGCUCCUGCAGGGGGAAUACGGACACCAGGGCACCGUGGGCCUUCCACAUGCCACGCUAAUGAGAGCUGAUGCCGGGCUCGGGUUUUGUUUUGGAUUCUGGGAACAGCCUGCCCUGCCCCCCAGGUCUCUAAGGAAGGGGAGGGAGGCUGGGGUGUGGAGGAUGAGCCCAGCCUAGGACUCGGGGUGGGUGCAGGAAGGAGGCCAGGGACAUGGAGGCCCAACUUCCCCGGUUCCCUGACGAUCCUGCUUCCCACGGUGGGGAAAAGCAGUGCUUGUUCUGGAAGCCCAGGCCACGGUGGCCCAGUUGGAGCCUCUGAAUGACAUUUAGCAGGAGGAGCAGGUGCUGGGGAAACAGAGCCAGCUCUGGGCUGGGCGGGCGGCCCUGCACGGCCAGGAGCUUGCAAAACUUCAUUCUUCUCUCCCUAGUCCUCCCAUCCCCGGGAAACCAGGUAGCUGCGAGGAGCUCCGCGUGGCCGGCUGUUUGCUGUCUGGGUUUGAAAAGAGGCAGGAGAUGGAGGAGAAUAGUCCCAGCCCCAUCUGUGGCUCCUGGCAAGGUGGCAUUCAAGAAAACAGGACCCAGAGGGAUGGGAGAAUGCUGGUCCCUGGACUUCUAAUUUCCUUGGGCUUAAUCACUCGCAUUGUUUUCGGCAGGUGAGCAGCAGGGAGUGGGCACACGGAAGGGCUCCUUUUUGGACAGACAAGACCAGGGAGUGAAACAGGAACAGCCCAUCCUCCCCACCUCCGCAGCCAGAAAACCUUCUCUACAAACAGGAGCAGCGAAGCAGGACUGAGCCCCCCGCCCCCCACGCAUCUUCUGGAAGGGGGGCCUGUGGGGCCCGACAGCUCGGCAGCACAUGUCAGCGGCCCCAGCCCCUUGGUGAGCAUCCGAACUCCUCGGCGGGAAACGGACCCCUCCUCCCCUCCGGAGACGCAGCCUGAGUGGCAGGAAUACCAAUUCUUUGGAGAGUGGCUCCCUCUCAGCUCUGUCACGCAAGAACGCUCCCCGCACCAAGCCCAUUCUGCCAAGUGACUUAAAGGGAUUAAAAAAAAAAAAACCUUGGUAAACAAAAAGGGGGUAAAAGCCAGGCAGAGGCCUUUCAGCAGAGGUGGCGGCCUACAGACAAAAGGGCAAGAGUUGAAAGGGGGCCGUGGAGGUAGAAGCGGCAACAGCCACCCUCCCUGGGCCGGGCGCCAGGCCGGAGGGCAUGCCCAGGGAGCAGGGGGUCGGAGCACCCUCAGGCCGCCCUCGGAAGUCCCGGGGCUGCAGGGGCCACCCCUGUGCACCUGGCCCGCACACCCCUUACUCCGGGGCAAGACGCCAGCAGCACCUGCGGCCCGAGGCGCCCAAGAUGCUGCUUGGGACUCGCAGCCUUGUCUGAACCAGGAGACAAAAGCACAGGAUCUCCUACCCGCACCCCGGGCGCCCCGGCACCACCCACCACCCCUCGUCUGGGGUCUGUGCCCCGAGUGGUGUGCGGCCUGCUAGGGCCUCGGGCCAGAAAUGUGAGCGCAGCCGGACACAUCGCGUCCUGAGGGGCAGCUUCCGCAGCGGCCUCUGGAGCGGCACCCCGUCAGACCCAGAGGGCUCCAGGGCUGCAGCGAGGAGGUGUCAAGGCUCCAGGUCAGGUGGGGCCGGGCUCCCCCAGUCAUCCACCAUGGUGGUGGCACACCCCACUGCCACUGCCACCACCACGCCCGCUGCCACCGUCACGGCCACCGUUGUGAUGACCACGGCCACCAUGGACCUGCGGGACUGGCUGUUCCUCUGCUACGGGCUCAUCGCCUUCCUGACGGAGGUCAUCGACAGCACCACCUGCCCCUCUGUGUGCCGCUGCGACAACGGCUUCAUCUACUGCAACGACCGGGGGCUCACCUCCAUCCCCGCCGACAUCCCCGACGAUGCCACCACCCUCUACCUGCAGAACAACCAGAUCAACAACGCGGGCAUCCCCCAGGACCUCAAGACCAAGGUCAACGUGCAGGUCAUCUACCUGUACGAGAACGACCUGGACGAGUUCCCCAUCAACCUGCCCCGUUCCCUGCGGGAGCUGCACCUGCAGGACAACAACGUGCGCACCAUCGCCAGGGACUCGCUGGCCCGCAUCCCGCUGCUGGAGAAGCUGCACCUGGAUGACAACUCCGUGUCCACCGUCAGCAUCGAGGAGGACGCCUUCGCCGACAGCAAGCAGCUCAAGCUGCUCUUCCUGAGCCGGAACCACCUGAGCAGCAUCCCCUCGGGGCUGCCCCGCACGCUGGAGGAGCUGCGGCUGGACGACAACCGCAUCUCCACCAUCCCGCUGCACGCCUUCAAGGGCCUCAACAGCCUGCGGCGCCUGGUGCUGGACGGCAACCUGCUGGCCAACCAGCGCAUCGCGGACGACACCUUCAGCCGCCUGCAGAACCUCACGGAGCUCUCCCUGGUGCGCAACUCGCUGGCCGCCCCGCCCCUCAACCUGCCCAGCGCCCACCUGCAGAAGCUCUACCUGCAGGACAACGCCAUCAGCCACAUCCCCUACAACACGCUGGCCAAGAUGCGCGAGCUGGAGCGGCUGGACCUGUCCAACAACAACCUGACCACACUGCCCCGCGGCCUGUUCGACGACCUGGGCAACCUGGCCCAGCUGCUGCUCAGGAACAACCCCUGGUUCUGUGGCUGUAACCUCAUGUGGCUGCGGGACUGGGUGAAGGCGCGGGCGGCCGUGGUCAACGUGCGGGGCCUCAUGUGCCAGGGCCCCGAGAAGGUGCGGGGCAUGGCCAUCAAGGACAUCACCAGCGAGAUGGACGAGUGCUUUGAGACGGGGUCGCAGGGCGGCGCGGCCAAUGCAGCCGCCAAGACCACGGCCAGCAACCACGCCUCCGCCACCACGCCCCAGGGCUCGCUGUUCACGCUCAAAGCCAAGAGGCCGGGGCUGCGCCUCCCCGACUCCAACAUUGACUACCCCAUGGCCACGGGUGACGGCGCAAAGACCCUGGUCAUCCACGUGAAGCCCCUGACGGCAGACUCCAUCCGCAUCACGUGGAAGGCCUCGCUCCCCGCCUCCUCCUUCCGGCUCAGCUGGCUGCGCCUGGGCCACAGCCCGGCCGUGGGCUCCAUCACGGAGACCCUGGUGCAGGGGGACAAGACGGAGUACCUGCUGACGGCCCUGGAGCCCAAGUCCACCUAUGUCAUCUGCAUGGUCACCAUGGAGACCGGCAACACCUACGUGGCCGACGAGACGCCCGUGUGCGCCAAGGCAGAGACGGCCGACAGCUACGGCCCCACCACCAUGCUCAACCAGGAGCAGAACGCCGGCCCCAUGGCGGGGCUGCCCCUGGCGGGCAUCAUUGGUGGCGCCGUGGCUCUCGUCUUUCUCUUCCUGGUCCUGGGGGCCAUCUGCUGGUACGUGCACCAGGCUGGCGAGCUGCUGACCGGGGACAGGGCCUACAACCGGGGCAGCAGGAAAAAGGACGACUAUAUGGAGUCGGGGACCAAGAAGGAUAAUUCCAUCCUGGAAAUCCGCGGCCCCGGGCUGCAGAUGCUGCCCAUCAACCCGUACCGCGCCAAAGAGGAGUACGUAGUCCACACCAUCUUCCCCUCCAACGGCAGCGGCCUCUGCAAGGGCACGCACACCAUCGGCUACGGCACCACGCGGGGCUACCGGGAUGGCGGCAUCCCCGACAUAGACUACUCCUACACGUGAUGCCGCCGGGCCCGCCCCAGCCCCCGCCCCAGCCCCCGCCGUCCUGGUGCGGCCACGCGGCUUUGCCCAGCCUGCUGCAACCCCAGAGAGCAAGGAAAAGAAACUCCACCGAUGACCUUCCCGGCAGAAAGCGAAAUCUGGGGAGGGUUGACGACGAUUUUGUAGAACACAACAGUGGGGAAAAAAAAAAUUUUUUUUUUUAAAGAAGAGAAGGCAGGAAGGAGGGAGAUUUGACGUUGUUGAAGACAUAAUUUAUCCCCAGUGAUGCCAGCUGGGGAGGGAAGGACUAAAAAUAAUAUCGCAGGAAGGGUGUUUUUUCUUUUUUUUUUUCCUGAACUGGAAAGACACUACCUGUACAACGUCCGUGUGCACCUCACGCUCUGUUCAGGGCCGCCACAAAGGAACGUCGGGAGAAGCCGCCGCCACGCCCAGCCCCCGCGCAGCCCUCCCGCCGCCCGGCUCGCCGGCUCCUCCGCGACGGAGGGUUUACAGGCUCCUCACAAAGGAGAGGGGAAGAAAAGAUCUUCUGCUACGGAGAUAUUGUCCUGAAAUCUCUUCCCUGGUUUGUUCCGUACCACUUCCCUUACAGAUUUGCAGAAACAUGGCGUCUUUCACUGCGUUCUUUGAACAAUCAUGUAGUCAAUUAAAAAAAACAAAAACAAAAACAAAAAAACACCAAACUCUUUUUCUCCCUAUGCUGAAACCCUCCUCGGUUCCGGGCAACGUACUCCGCAGGAGCCGAGCUGGAAGCCACCUGGAGGUGCAGCUGUCCGCCUGUCGCUGGCUGGGUGGCGUCUCUGAGUUUUACAGACAGGUAGACAGAGCCGACACUCGGUCCUUACCAUACUUCUUGGGUCAGUUCUUUCCAUUCCCUGAGACAAUAGAUUCGCAAAAAAAAACAUUACUUUCUCCUGGGAAUCAUUGCGUAAGUAGACAAGGUGCUGGGCAUGGGAGUGAGGCGGAGGGUGGAGACACAGUCUCCCGGGCACAUGGCUGCUCCUAAAGGCCGAGGCAUGUGGGUCCCAGACCGGUGGCUUCGGGAGGGGCAGGGCAAGGGCCGCCUUCAGUUCCGUCCUAUCUCAGCUUGCCAGCACCCCCGUCUCCCUCCCCGCUCUGCCCCCAGACGCAAUCACCUUAACAGCACUGUCUGAGCACUUAGUAUGUUCUACGCGCUUCCUCCUGGGACACGUAAUUAGUGCAGAAAUGGGUUUUUCUCUUUAAUAUCAGCUGAUUAAACCAAUUGGUUUCCAUGGCUGCUCAAACAAAGCCCCCCAAAAAGACAAGAAAAUUAUCAGGAAAGCCCUGGGUGACAGCAACCCCUCCCCCCGUGCCUAGCCCUGGGACUCUGCAUUUGGGAGGGAGGGACCAGAUCUCCUUCUAAAAAUGCCGGCCUCCGGAAGGGCACUGACCUGGCCCUCGGGGAGUUAAGGUUUCAUUUCCUCCCUCUGGAAUCAACGUGGCUAUCACUUAUCAGCCGACAGUGCAGUGUCGUGGGCCAGGAGAUUAAAGCCACGAUGAAAUAAUAGCCGCGACUCUGGAAAGGGGAGAGGAGCGGAGCCUGGGGUUCUGACAGUGCCUGCGUCCCAGCGCUCGGGGAGCUCGGGUCACUGUCUGUCAGCACGCGCCGCGUGUCCUGCGCCGGGGAAAAGCGCGGUUGGAGCGGAGCCGCUGGUCUGAGGGCAGGAGGAUGAGAGGGCCCCGUCCCUGGCGGUGGUGUUUUCAAAAGGCCUCCGCCACUCGGACAAAAGCAGAGGCAGAAGAGGAGGCUGGGCAGUGGUGGCAUGAAAGGGUCCGACCGGCCCUUCAGCGAGGAGGUGGGGCUGGGCCAAGCGAUGCAGCGGGGAAGUGGAGAGAGACGAGACAGCCCCACCCGGGCCUGUCCCACCAACCGAGCCCCCGCUCUCCAGCCCCACCGAGCCGCCAAGGCGCGUGCACACGUUUCAUUCCAAACUAGACCUUUGUUUCCUUUCUCUGCCUGAAUCGUCUUCUCAUACAAUGAGGUCGAAGAGAGAAAAUUUCCCAAGCCUUAAUUUCAGGUCCUUGCUGUGGGCCGCAGGCACUCCCCCACCCCCCCACCCCGACACAGCCCGUUCCUAGCAGUCCAGGAAGGAACAGGGGCCCUCCUGGGAUGGCUGAAGAGCUAGCUACCCAAAUCCCUGGCAUAGCACUGCCAGCAAGCUCCGUCCCCGCCUCAGCCAGGUCCCCCUCUCUCCUUUCCCCACCCCAGGUAGGAGGUCAGAUCAUGCCCUUUGGUCGCUAAGAAGGAAUAUGGGGACAGCAGGUGGCCUAGACCAUGAGAGCUGCCCGGGAAGGCCCGGCUUGGGUGGGGCAGGUGUGCGGAGGACCUAGCGCAGGAAGGCAGAGCAGAGCCGAGACCAGCCCCGGCCUAGCCACGCUCUCCAAGGCCAGGCCCGGGUGAUGAAUGUCCCUCCCCCACCACAGAGCAGGCCAGGCCCGCAAGAGCCCUGCCAGCCGCCCAGAGGAGCCUGCUGGGCCUGAGGACCCCGUUGUCUCCUGCUCCUGGUACUAACAGGGCUCGGCCCAUCUCACCGGAGAGCCCAGCCACCCCUGUUCCCUGGAGCUCCAGGUGCCCACAAGGGUGGACGCUCCACCCAGCCAGGGCCAUGGGGCUGGGGUCUGAGAACGGCUUCCCCACCCUUCCAGGCCUUCCCAUCCCCAUGCUUUCCAGGGGACUUUCUGAGAGUAACCCCUAAAUGUCUGCUGUAUCACAGACCCCCAAGCUAGGGGGCAGGGCCUACAUCCAGGGCCCCCCCCUUCACCACCCCGCUGUCCAGCUCCUCCCAGCUGGCCCCGUAACACAAGAUGCUCCAGGACACCCGGCCUCCCGCCCCUUACAUGUGCGUGAGGACACAGGGCCUAGCAUGCCACCUGGCGCCUGUGUAAAGUCUCCCUCCUGGGCGAGGCUGACACUCCUAAGGGGAGCUUCGCUGCUAAGCUGACCCUCACAGCCUCUAACCAGCCAGAACCCCCUCAGUGGCCUCCGUGUUGAUGAGUGUAUUCUGUGGCGUUUAAGGCAGGUUUAGAGUUGUAAAAGGAAAAGGCCCACGACACUCCUUUGGUUAAGUGGUUUACCUUUCAUGGUAAUUAGAUGUAGUGAUUGGAAUCUCUUUUCUAUUACAUGGCAAUUUUCCUUUAAAUUUCCCCUUACAAAAAAAAAAAAAAAA